AUGCUGAUCUUUGGUAUUUGCUUUUUGGUCGCCUUUAGUUGCUUUGAAACAUGGGGUAAAAGUGAUGGUCUUCUGGACCACCGCUUCCUGGAAUCCCGAAACUUCAUGCUGAUCCUCUCUGUCGGAUUCGUCGACGGCAUGCUGCUGUACGGAGUCAACGUCUUCUUCCCAGUUGAAGUGGAAGCAAUUUUUACAAACAACCUUCUACUUGCAGGGGUUUACCUGCUACCCAUGAAUAUCGCAGUUUUGGUUGGAUGCUUCUUUUCAGCCCGGUUCCUUCACAAGACCCGCCGUUACCGGUCAGUCCUGGUAAUUGCGUUGAUCAUCAUUGCAUUGUUUCUGGGACUGUUGGCGCUGGUAACACCGUCCAGGCUGGCCAUGGCGUGCGCUUUUACUGGUCUUGUUGGCUUGGGUGUCAACGUUGCAACAGUGUUGCCUCCCACGAUUCUAUCGUAUUCCGUUCCUUCUCACUUAUUCGGCACCGGUGGAACGCUGUUGGCAUCUACACGAGCAUUAGGCGGUACAGUUGGUAUCACAAUCUUCUCUACAAUUUAUGGCAACAAGAUGAAAGGAAAGCCCAAGCAUGUCCGUCUCUUUACUGACUCUGCCCGCUCUAUAGCCGAUCUUCCACCAUCCGUCGCCGAAGCUGCUAUUGCAGCUGGGUUACCUCCGACAUCCGCAGCACAUUUCCUAGCUGCAUAUCUUGGACCAGUCGGCAGCGUCGUGGAUGUGUCCGGCGUUACGCCUAAGAUUAUUGAGGCAGCAACUUCCGCAGUGGCUGACACAAGCGCACGUUCUUUCCGUUAUGUGUGGUUUGCAAACAUGGCAAUUGCCGUCGCGACUGCUGCUGUGUGCGUAUUCUUAAGACCCAUCGCCGACGAGAUGACAGAACAUGUCGAAAGCGCUCUGGAAGUCAGUGAUCUGAGAACUGAGCAGAUGCAAAAGGUUAAGACGAUCAAAGAAUGA